GUGUGUUUUUUUAAAUGAUUUGGGGAGAAGAGGGGAACAAGCAUUCGGAGCUUGGCUGACGGUGCAGGCAGGAGCGUCACAUAGGCAAACAGGAGCCUGAGGGGCAGCGCACUGGGACUAAAGAGGACUGAAGAGGCUUGAGGUGGUUUUUGGAUCAGAUGCACUGACUGAAAGGUUGACUAACAGGCAUGCAGGCAGGCAGAGAGGAGAUGAAGAGCAUAUAGGUUUAUGUUAAAAAAGCCUUAAACACUGCAUGCACAGAGACCGAGGAAGUGGCCAUAUACACUGAUUUAUUUCUGCAGGAAAGUCAGGGAGGCAGACACCUUGUGAGGAAGGCUGAGCAUUUGCAGAGCAGAGUUUUGCUCCACUGAGGGGAGACAGAAAAAGACAAACAGAAGCACGUUUUGAAUGAAAGGACCUUUAUCUUCAUCUAGCAAUGCUUUUGAGGAACUCUGCACCAAGUUGUUGCUGUUUGCUGUGCUCCUGGACGCUGAUGCAAGCUUAGGGCACUUUUAUCUUCACUGAACUCCUCUUGUGAAGAGGAUCCAAGCUGUCUUUCUUUUUUUGCAGAGUCCUCCUUCAGUAGAGGUGCUGUGCUGACUGUAACUAUGUUUUAUCAAAGAUACUCUUUAACACUGUCAUGGAGUACUUGUCUUCUGCUCCUGUGCGUCCUGGAUGUGUGGACCACGGCCUGGCCAGCCGUUCAACAAUCCCAGAGGCAGCAGCAGCAGCCUCGGCGGUACAGACAGAUGUCAACCCUGUCCUCAUCCUCCUCCUCGUCAGCUGGUAACCUGUCAGAAAGUGCAGAGAGCAAAGUGGAGCGCCUCGGCAUGGAGUUCAAGCGAAAUGUGCGUGAGCUGCGUGAGAAAAGCUCCUGCUUGGACCUGGUUUUCCUGGUGGACGAGUCCUCGAGCGUGGGGGCCAACAACUUCCUGAGUGAGCUGAGGUUCAUACGCAAGAUGCUGUCCGACUUCCCCGUCGCACCGGAGAACACCCGCGUGGCGCUGGUGACCUUCUCAUCCAAAACCCACGUGGUGACGAGGGUGGACCACAUCUCUGCGCCUAAGUCCCACCAGCACAAGUGCUCCCUGUUCAACCAGGAGAUCCCAGCCAUCAACUACAGAGGAGGAGGCACCUACACGAAAGGAGCCUUCCAGAGGGCAGCGCAAAUCCUUCGUCACUCCCGCAGUAAUGCCACCAAGGUGAUUUUCCUCAUCACUGACGGCUACUCUAACGGCGGAGACCCUCGGCCUGUGGCGGCGGCUCUGAGAGAACGCGGUGUUGAGAUCUUCACUUUGGGCAUCUGGCAGGGUAACAUCAGGGAGCUCCAUGACAUGGCCUCUCAGCCCAAAGAUCAGCACUGCUACCUGGUGCACAACUUUGCCGAGUUUGAGGCCCUGGCUCGUCGAGCUCUGCAUGAAGACCUCCCUACGGGCAGCUACAUCCAGGAGGAUCUGUCACGCUGCGCUUCUUUGUGUGAAGCAGGCAAGGAUUGCUGCGACCUGAUGGCCAGCUGCAAGUGCGGCACACACACCGGGCAGUACGACUGCAUCUGUGAGAAGGGAUACUACGGCAAGGGUCUGCAGCACGAGUGCACAGCAUGCCCACCUGGAACUUAUAAACCAGAAGGAACACCGGGAGGUGUGAGCACCUGCCUGCCCUGCCCUGAUGCCCAGCACACCUCCCAGCCUGGCAGCACCUCCCCCGACGACUGUGUCUGCAAGCCGGGCUAUAAGCCAAUGGGCAUGACCUGCCAAGUGAUACAUUGUCCAGCACUGUUGCCCCCAGAAUAUGGCUUCUUUGUCCAGAAUGUAUGUAACAACCACUUUGACGCGGCCUGUGGUGUGCGAUGUGAGCCCGGUUUUGACCUCCAGGGAGACGGCAUCAGACUCUGCCAGGCUGACGGCACCUGGUCAGGGACACCGGCCAGCUGCAGAGUACGCUCCUGCCCGCACCUGUCCCUGCCCAAGCACGGCUUCCUGAGUUGCAGCAACAGCUUUGGCUCCUACAGGGUGGUGUGUCAGGUGGGCUGUGAUCGGGGCUACAGAUUAGAGGGAGACUCCGAACUCACCUGCCAGGCAAACUACCAAUGGAGUGGGCCCCAACCUCGGUGUGUGGAGGUGCGUUGCCCUCCCAUCGUGACUCUGAAGAACAUCUUUCUGUCCCCUCCUGCCUGUGGGAGAAGAGCAGUGUCCCCAGGCUUUGUUUGCCUCCUCAACUGUCGUCCAGGUUACAGUCUCCAGGGGAACAGGAAGGCGGUGUGCCUGAGCUCUGGGAACUGGACAGCCAAUGUCUAUAAAGCUGUCUGCACAGAUACUGAGCCACCGUGGCUACAGUGCCCCGACAACAUUGUUGCAGGGACAGUUGAGCGCCGCGGCACGGCCAUCGUCAGCUGGAACGUCCCAAAUGCCACGGACAACUCUAAAGAAGAGGUGGUGGUCCAGGCGAAGCCAGUCUAUAGUCUUCCACAGCUUUUCCCCAUUGGAAAGGAAACCAUCACAUACUUUGCUACGGACCUCUCUGGAAAUCAGGCCAACUGCUCCUUUACAGUCACCGUCAUCGAUACGGAGCCCCCGGUCAUCGACAGGUGCAGGUCACCGCCCGCGAUCCAGGCCACGAACGCAGAGACGGCGGUGGACUGGGAAGUCCCGCAGUUUUCCGACAACUCAGACUGCCCCAAGCUGGAGAACACUGCGCCCCACCUCCACGUCUCCACUGUGGAUGUGCGUCCCGGCGCACAGGUGCAGCUGUCUUGUGAUCCCGGUUUCUACCUGGUGGGGGAGCCUGUGCUGCAGUGCCAAAAUAAAGGAGAGUGGAGUCACAACCUGCCCAGCUGUGAACGUGUGUCCUGUGGACCUCCUCAUCCACUGGAAAAUGGCUUCUUCCAGGGAACAGACUUCCAUGCCGGCAGCUCCGUGGUCUAUGAGUGCAAUGCUGGCUUUUACCUGCUGGGGGACACAAAAGUGCAUUGCACCAACAGCGGCAAGUGGGGAGGAACUCCGCCGGCAUGUUUGGAUGUGGAUGAGUGUGCCCUGGGCUCUGACUGUGAUGUUCACGCCAGCUGUCAGAACACAGAAGGCUCCUACACCUGCACCUGUAUCCACCCAUAUACUGGAGAUGGCAAAAACUGCACAGAGCCAGUAAAGUGCGAGAACCCUGGGACUCCUGACUUCGGUCGCCGAUACGGGAGCAACUUUCUGAUGGGCAGCGAGGUUGUGUUCAGCUGUGACAACGGCUAUGAGCUGAUUGGCUCAUCUCAGCUCCAGUGCCUGGAAACAGGAGAUUGGGAUGAUGCUGUCCCAUACUGCAGAGCCCUCUCCUGCCCAGCACCAACUGUUCCAGAGAACUCCAUCAUGACGGGAAACAACUUCACCUAUGGAAGCAAGGUGACUUUCAGCUGUAAGAAGGGCUUCCAGCCUCAGGUCCCCUAUGAGUUCCAAUGUCUCUCUAGUCUGAGGUGGACCGGGACGCCACCUACCUGCCAUCCAGUGACCUGCGGGGGUCCGCCGACUGUGGAAAAUGCAGACUACACACUAAACACCAACACGUACCUGUCCACUGUCACAUACACCUGCAAUGAGGGAUACAGACCACAGGGCUCCAUGGAAGUAAUUUGUGAGGCAACAGGGGAGUGGAGCAGGCCUUUCCCCCGCUGUGUGAGAGUCCUGUGCAGCGAGCCCCCGCUACUGGAAAACGCUGUGACUGUGGGAGAGAACUUUGAGCUGGGAAACAAGGUGCACUAUGUCUGCAAAGAAGGAUACACUCUGAUUGGCCCAGAGACCAGAGAAUGUCUAUCAACUGGCCAAUGGAGUGAAAGCACGGCUCAGUGCGUCCCCCGCUCCUGCGGCCCCCCGCCUGCCAUCGACCACGCUGAACCCUAUGAGACUCACAAGCUUUUCGGAGACACCGCUAACUACUACUGCACUGAUGGAUACACAGCCGGCAACAACUCGAAGAUGGUUUGUAAUGCUCAGGGCGUGUGGGUGCCACCCGAUGGCAUGGAGGCGCCUCGCUGCAUUGCAAACUUCUGCCUCCGCCCACCUGAACUACCACAUGCAAUUUUAGAUUCGGUCAACAAACCAAAAUACGCCAGCAACAUCGAAGUGAGUUAUAAAUGUGAAGAGGGCUUCAUGCUCAACACUACAGCCACACUCAGAUGCCUGAUGGGAGGAGAGUGGGUGCCCUCGCCCUAUGAUAUUGGCUGUGUGCCGGUGAGGUGCUCCAAGCCUGAGAGCAUUGAUCAGGGCUAUGUGAUUGGGACAAAUUACAGUUUUGGAGCCGUGGUGGCGUAUAGCUGCUUCAAAGGCUUCCUGAUUCGAGGGGAGAAGAGAAGGACCUGCAAGGGAAAUGGAGAGUGGGGAGGAGCUCUGCCUACCUGUGUACCUGUGUCCUGCUCGCAACCCCCAUCCCUCAAGAACGGAUACCCCCAGGUCAAAGGUCGGCUCACUUACAACAGCAAGGUGACGUACGCCUGUAACGCAGGCUACAGACUGAUUGGACGACCGGAGCGAGUUUGCCAAGCCAACCGUCAGUGGUCCAACCAAGACCCCCCAACCUGUGUCCUUCUGACCUGUGACCCUCCUCCUAACAUCGUCCAUGGGCACUACAAAGGCUCUGACUUCCAGGUGGGCCGUAAAGUGGUGUAUGUCUGCGAUGAGGGUUACGAGCUGGUCGGGGAUGCUACCUGGACCUGUUUGAAGUUUGGAAGGUGGGAUAAGACGAGGCCUCCGCGUUGCUCGCCUGUCCAGUGUCCAGAGCCACCGCUGGAGGAGAACCACCUGGUUCUAAGGGGCCUGGACUCUGAAUCAGGAACAGUGGAGUUAUCCUGUGAGGAUGGCUACGUCCUCGAGGGGGCUCGGUUCCUCCGCUGCACUCCGUCACAGGAGUGGAAUGACACCUUUCCGGUGUGUAAGCAGGUGUUUUGUGGUCCGCCGCCUGCGGUGCCGUUUGGUGGCCCUUCCAGGUCUUCUCACCUGUUCCCAUUCAGCUCUGUGGUGACCUACAUGUGCAUAGAUGGCUUUACUUUAAGAAAAGAAGGCUCUGUGUCCUGUCUAGCCAACGGGCAGUGGAGCAGUCCUUACCCAGAAUGCAUCCCAGUUGAAUGUCCUCAGCCUGUAGAGAUUUCAGAUGGUAUUGUUGAUGUCCAGGGACUGAUGUACCUCAGCAAAGCACUGUAUAGUUGUAAGACUGGAUAUAACUUAGUAGGUAACUCCACCAUCCUCUGUGGAGAGAAGGGACUCUGGAUUGGUGGGGUGCCUUCUUGCCGCCCAAUCGAAUGCUCAGUUCCUAAACAGAUAACCAAUGGAAAAGUUGUCUAUACAAAACUUCAGUUUGAUCACAGUGCGACCUACUCUUGCAACCGUGGUUACCGCCUCCAAGGCACAAAGACUGUUAGGUGCCUGGCCAGUGGGGAGUGGGACAUCGAGCCACCAGCUUGUGUGCAGAUAUCCUGCACACCACCUCAGCCAGUUGAAAACGGCUUUGUGGAAGGCCAGGACCACAGUUAUGGUGUGACUAUUUUCUACAGCUGUUUUCCUGGCUUCCAACUCGUGGGUCAGGACCAUCUAACCUGUGAGGAGUUCGGCUGGUCGAGCUCUGUUCCUGUCUGCGUGCCCUCGGACUGCGGGCUGCCUCCUCACAUUGACUUUGGGGAGUAUGUUAGAGUGACAGAGCUGGGAGGGAGAUUUACCUCUAAAGACACUGGAAGACUGGACUUGAACUUUCUUCAUGGGACACUGAUUGAGUACCGUUGCCACCAUGGCUAUGACCUCACAAGCCAGGUCAGGCUGGUGUGCCAGGAGGACGGGGGCUGGAAUGGGACAGCCCCAUCGUGUGUGCCAGCGGAGUGCCAAAUACCGCCUAGUCCAGAUCACGGCUGGAUGAAUGUGACUCAUGGCUCCCUCGGGACUACGCUCACAUAUACUUGUGAUGAAGGAUAUGAGCUGAAGGGGGAGCCUGUGAGGCAGUGUGUGUCAGGUCGAGUGUGGACCACUGAUGCCCCAGUUUGUCAACCUGUUUCCUGUGGUGAUCCAGGGGCUGUGGAUAAUGGCACAACACAGGGAGGUGAUUUUGUUUAUCCCGAGGUAUUACACUUUCAGUGUAAUCCUGGGUUUGUCCUGAAGGGCAGCAGUACUAUUGCCUGCCAGGCAGACGGAAAGUGGACUGGGCUGAAGCCACAGUGUGAGCCCGUGUCCUGUGGUCCUCCUAAAAUCCCCGGUGAUAUCACAUUUAAAGGCACAGAGUUCACCUAUAAUAACAAAAUAGAACUGAGCUGUCAGCCUGGGUUCAUCUUAAAUGGAAGGUCUCCAAGCAUCUGCCAGGCUGACGGUACCUGGAGCCACAAGGCUGCUGCCUGUGUACCAGCCCGCUGCGAGAAGCCCUCCCCAAUACUGAAUGGUCGCAUGUUGGGGUCAGAGUUUGGCUACAGCAGCAAGAUAAAGUAUGAAUGUGAUGAAGGAUACACGCUUAACGGAGAUUCUACACGUGUCUGUCAGUCAGAUGGACUUUGGGACAAACCGGCACCCCGUUGUGACAUCAUUAGUUGCGAUCCUCCUGAGGACAUCAGUCACGGCUAUGUGAACGGCUCCAGCUUCAACUACGACGACAUUGUGGAGUACGUGUGCUUCGAUGGCUACGAGGUCGUUGGCGAUCCCAUCCUGCGGUGCUCCGCUCAGGGCCUCUGGGUGGGCCCCGUGCCUCAGUGCCAGCCCUGCAUUUGCACCCUUCCUGUGGUUAAGUUCGGAGUGGUUCUCGGCCACGAUCGAGCCUGCGGAGACCGAGUGCACUUCCAGUGUGACGACGGCUACAAGCUGCUGGGUCCCUCUCAAGCUGUGUGCGAAAAAGGAGGAGUGUGGAGCCCUGGGGUGCCUGUGUGUAGCCGGGGAAGGUGCACCGCUGCCCCGCCUACAGUUCCUAAUGCUGUCUUGCAGGGUGGCAGUGCCAGCUUCCCAGAAACGGCUAUAUACAGGUGUCGGCCUGGCUACCAGCUAAAGGGGUAUGCUUACCUCACCUGUGGAAGAGACGGCAGAUGGGGGGAACCCAGGAUACGAUGCGAGCCUGUGAGCUGUGGAAAACCGCCAGAGGUCGCCAACGCUCGGGUCGUGGGAGAUAUCUUCAGCUUCCCCAACCAGAUCACAUAUAGGUGUGAUGAUGGAUACGAAUUAGCCACGCAGACAGCUUCCCUGUCCUGCCAGAGCGACGCCACCUGGUCAAAACACAACGUUCGGUGCCGCCCCACCCCCUGCCUGCUACCCACCAACUUCUCCAUCCCCCAUCUGGUAAUCACCGGGAAGGAGCUCACGCCUGUCGGGGGCACCGUCACCCUCUCAUGCCCUACUGGCUUCUACCUGCAGGGGUCAGCGCUAGCAGAGUGUCAGGUCGGUGGAAGCUGGUCUCCAAGUAUCUCAUCGGUUUCCUGUGAGAUGGUGAUGUGUGAGAAACCUCCUCCUCUUCUUCACGGUAUCGUAGAGGGGGACAGCUACAACUAUGGAGACUUUGUCAUGUACUCCUGUCUGCCUGGCUUUGACAUGAAGGGAGACUCCAUCCACAUCUGCCAGGGAGACAGAACGUGGAGCGGCACGCAGCCAGUGUGUGUUGCGUCCUCAUUGCAAUCAUGUGGGGCUCCUCCCGCAGUACAAAAUGCACAACCGGCGGGUGAGCCCAGCCCGGACAAUGUCACCUAUGUGUGUAAUCCUGGGCUGCAGCUGAUCGGCCCAGAGACGCUCACCUGUCUGGACAAUGGCACGUGGAGCCUGCCGGUGCCUACGUGUGAAGUGGUCAGAGGCUGCAUCAGCCCCAAACAGAUGCUGCACGGUAAAGUGCAGGAACUCAGCCUGAACACUGGGCAUGCUCUGAAGUUCCAGUGUGACAACGGCUACAACCUGGUGGGAGAUCCUCUGGUGGUGUGCAUAGGGGGCAACGCCUGGAGCUCCGCUUUCCCCACCUGCCAACCCAAGUCUUGCCCGGCUCCUCCGGGCUGGAACAGCAGCGGGGACAGAGUCCAGCAGGAGUUUCGAGUUGGACAGUCGGUCCGCGUUACCUGCCCCAAAGGUCAGCAGGUGAAAGGCAGCGGCACCAUCACCUGCAGGUCAGACCGGACCUGGAGCCCCAUGAGUUCUGUGUGUGAACGGGUGUCCUGUGGCCCCCCACUCCAUGUGGCCAACGGGGUGGUGCGGGGGGCGGUGUUCCAGUUCGGGGACGUGGCGGUGUACUCGUGUUAUGGCGGUUACACCAUGGAAGGCAUUGGAAGGAGCAGGUGUCUGGAGAACGGCACCUGGACGCCGCCCCCCACAUGCAGAGCGGUGUGUUGGCUACAGUGUCAGAACGGAGGUGUGUGUCAGCGGCCCAACACUUGCUCCUGCCCCGAGGGUUGGAUGGGUCGCCUCUGUGAGGAGCCCAUCUGCAUCCUGCCGUGCCUGAAUGGAGGGCGCUGCGUGGCCCCCUACCAGUGCGAGUGUCCCACUGGGUGGACGGGCACGCGCUGCCACACCGCUGUGUGUACGUCAGCUUGCCAGAACGGAGGCAGAUGCAUCAGGCCGAACAGGUGUAGCUGCCCUUCAGGUUGGAUCGGACACAACUGCUCCAGGAAGAGGAAGCCAGGACCUUAUCAUUUCUAAAGUUUCCACUCGGCUCUGUGUGAAUCACGUUAUGAUCCUUGUAUAGUCAACCAACACUCGUAAACGAUUCACUCAUCUCUCCGCAAAGCAAGAACGAUUUUGUAAGAUAAAGCUGUAUUUUUUCAUAUAGAGACUCAACAGUAUUAAACAUAUGCUGCUAUAUACUUGUACGAUGUGUACAAACUAUUGCUGUGAUGGUCCAUUGUAUAUGUGUAAACUAUUCUCACAUUUUUAUUAAAGCAUAAAAUACCAUCAAA